AUAACAACGCUACCCUAGGACUUAUUACUAAUUCAAUUAUCAACUUGGCUUUGGUUCGAAAAGUUGCCUCGUUCGUAAUCGUUUUUAUCGCCUUAAGUAUUACCUUCGCCCUAUAGUACUGUACUUAAUUAUUUAACUUGAUUUUUUUUGGGCGUUUUUUUUAAAAAAUUCAAUUUCUAUUUUUAUCUAUUGUAAUUGUUAUUGGAUUGUAUCGUUGACUGAAUUCGCGUAGCCCAAAAUCAUAAAAUCAUCUCAUAAUGUACGCGUUUCAGCCAGAAGCGCAUCAUCAUUCGCCUCAUCAUCAUCACCAUCACCAUCACCACCACCAUCAUCAUGAGCAAGACGAAAAGAAUUCACCUAGAUCGCAAGAGAGUGACGAUGACGAUACUCAAGAUGUGGUUAUCGCGAAUGGAAUGCCUACGCUUCGUACUUCGUCACCGUCUUGUAGUCUCUCGACAGCAUGCGGUGGCGGAGUAACAAUGCCUCUGGUGCCACCUGAUCACAUGACCGAUGACAAUAUCGACUUACCUAGUUGCAUAUACGCGAAUCGAACGCUCGGUGGUACUGGCGUGCAUCAUCAUCAUCAUCACCAUCAUCAUCAUAUUCCCGGCGAGCACAUGACAGACGAUUGCAUCCACGACAAUAACAACGUGCUGCUGAACGAAGAUGGUUAUUUCAAUAAUGGUAAUUGCAGUCCUUAUCGCGUCCAGAGGCAAGCAGCCAAUAUUCGCGAACGUAAACGCAUGUUGAGGUCAGAAUCUCGAACGAGAAACAACUCUGAUAAACCGCCUAUCAAAAUCAGCAUCAACUCGGCAUUUGAUGAAUUAAGAGGCCAUGUUCCAACAUUUCCUUACGAAAAACGCCUCAGCAAAAUAGACACAUUAAGGUUAGCCAUAGCCUAUAUCGCUUUGCUCAGAGAGGUUUUAACAGCGGAUUGCGAUCCUUUGACGUACGUAGACAAAUGUCUCAGAGGCGAAAGAAUGGCCGAAAGAGCUGAAUGGAAUACCAGCGAUCUGACUGCGCGACUUUCGUGGAUCAAUUGGGAAAAUUUAGGCGUGAAUCCGAAUAGACGUAGCAUGCUAACAACUUUAGCAUUAGCUGACAACGGCAACAAUUGAAUAUUAUCUACCACGCUUUUCGUAUUGUAUUUUGUUACCUUUUAUAUUGAUUAAUAUUGUAGAUAUAAUUACUAUAGGGUAAAUGUGCCUAAGUUUGCGCACCUAAUUUUCAAACAGUCACUACUUUUUAUGAAAAGGAGCUAGAAUAUUGAAAUUUGUACAGAAGGUUCUUCAAACAUUUGGCUAUGAUUUGCGCCAGAAAUAAAAUUUUUAAUCGAUUUAGUUUUUGAUAUUUUGACCAAAAACUAAAAAAAGUCAAAUGCGCAAACUUAGGAAUAUGCCUUCCUAAGAUUGCGCAUUCACCUUCCCAAGAUUGUGCACCAGUGAAAAACAUAGAAAUUCGUCAAUAUUGUUUAAUUUAUGAUGAAAGCAAACAAAAUGUCUCACACGAACGUGCAUUUGAAACUUCUGAGUGAACCACACUGGAAAUGCGCUCAUAUCUGGAAUUUCCAGCAUUACACCCAUUUCUCCCUAGCUUUUGACAAGGAGUAAACUCGAUAUACGUAAUAUAAGGUGUCAUUUCAUUCAAAUGAAUUGAAUUCUUAAUGAAAAUUUCAAAAAGUAUCAUUAUUAGUCUAGAAAAGUAGCAAAAAAUAAAAAUCGCAAUCUUAGGCACAGGGGUGUUUUUUUAAAAAUUGAAAAAUUGAAACCUAAUUAAAGCAGAAAACACUUGAAAUAUGUGCUUGUUAUAAUCCCCAGACAAUGACGAAUCUAAAAAUAGCUUAUUUAGAUUUCUACUGCCAUUUCCAUAAAAAUUGUCGCGUGCCAUUUUUAUUGGAAAAAUUAUAAAAAAUUUUGAAAAAAAAGUUUUUUGCUCGUCAGUUGGCAACACUUGGUGCUACCAUCACCAAAAAUCGUUAGGUAUUGUCAUUUUGAUUUUUCUUUCAAGUAAAGGUGGUAUCAAAUGUUGUAACUCUCACUGGUUCUGAGAAAUCGUCACUGCGCAAUCUUAGGAAGCGCGCAAACUUAGGCACAUUUACCCUACUCAUUAACUGAUAAAUUAAGUUAUUCAUCUAUACCUGCUCUUUUUAACAUUUACCUACUCGAGUCAGUAAAUUGUACUUAUACCCCUAUAUUUUAGUACAUUUUGGCAAAAUUUGAAAAUAUUUAGGCAUACACGAGUGUAGGUAGGUAUACCUAAUGUGUAUAGUAAUAACGUGCCCAAAUAUGGCCACCUUGGUUUUUUUUUAGAUAAAUGCAACCUGGCAAGCCAUCGUUCAAUAUAUAUCACACUAUUGAUGGCAACAAAAUCAUAUCAAUCAAAUGUUGAGAGAAUUUCACAUCCUUUGAGCGCGAUAUUUUUGAAAAAUUGAUCAAAUUUUCAAAAGAGAUUUUUUCUCACUUCCAUUUUCAAAUUAAAAAAAAAAUCGGGUGGUGAAAUGUCCCUGUCCUGGAAUUUUUGAAAUUUUGGUGGCUACCUACCUUUUAUAAAAAUGUUGGAGCCAAAUAAAGUACCCCUCAACCCCCCCUCAUCACCCUCAAAACCGUUUCCAUUCAAUUCAAUGGGUCGAAAAUAGGGUACAUACCAAAUUCUAGCUUUGUAGGUUAAUUGAAUGAAAUUUUCGAUUUUUUUAAAUUCAUUUUCGUCUCAAAUUUGAUUUUUAAAAAUUUACUAGGAGUCGAAAGGAGGCCACUUUGGAGUAGGUGCCUCGUGGCCACAUUUGGGCAUUUUAUCUUACCUCAGUAUGGGUAUUUCUCACCACCGAAUACACCUUUCUCCUGCUCGUUACCAAUUCGAUACCUUUCUUGUAGAUUAAUAAUACUAUGGUAGGUACCUGUAUGUUUAUAUUUUAUUGAUGUAGAAUUGAAAAGUUAUAACGUGAAAAUUUUCAUUCAAAUAUGUACUAAAGAUGAGUAUGUAAAUCCUGCAUCCGCUCAUUAGGUAUGUAAGUUAAUUCCUUUACAGCGUUGACAAUGUAAAAUAAUGUAAAAUAUAAGCUUUCUCAGUCAGUUUCUUAUCAUCUGAAACUAAAUCCUUCGUCUUCUUCAAAACUUGUAUGUAGAUUGUACAUAAGUAGGUAUCCAUACUUACCAAUGCGUUUAUCAGUACCUAAGUAGAUCAAUAAUUGUUAACAGACCAUCUCGAGACAGUUUGCGUUUAUAUUCACUUAUACCUAUCACCUGAAUUGUAUUGUAAUAAAUAAACAAAAGUGUCGUAAUGAUAUUUGUACAAAUAAUAAAUAUUGUUGAAUUUGUGAAUAAAUAA